CCCAAGUUUAGUGCGUUCGACGACGACUCUCGCCUUCUGGACGUUGAUUUUUCGCGUGAAAAUCGCCAUUAACCGGCGUGAAUGCUUCCUACGCUGGAAGCAAUCAGUGCAAGUCGCAUUCUGAAACUGUUACAGUGCGUGUUUUUCCGCAAUUUGUAGUUCAAAGGUGGCUCCGAAACGGUAGGAAUUCGGAAGGUUCAUUUUUAUAAUUGGUCCCCCUCUCGUUGGUAGUGUGCGUGCUUCGCAUGGUAUAGUAGUGGUGAACGAAUCGCGAAGCAGCGGAGAAGCUGUCAAAAGCGCACACCGUGAGUGUUAUCGAGCUGAAAGAAGAGGAAGCACAGAAUCUGACAAAAACACCAAGAAAAACAAUAUUCAAUCGGUGUGCAGUGGUGGGCACCCAUAUUCGGGUGUAACGAUUUUCAUUAUUAAGUGAUUUUAUUGAUAUGAUAUAGUGGUUUUCCUAUAAUUGUAUUUUGGAGGAUCCAUUCGCGAAUCCUGGCCAACCCUCUGCGACACCAUGGUGUCUCAUACGUGAAUGGCACCAGGAGGAUGGACCCGCGGAGUGAAACAGAAUUAGACGGUAACGAGUUGUCGCUGACGAAUGGAUUGACACAUAAAGUUAAUUUGAUGAAGGACCAUUGAAACAGUGAAGUUUUCGACGAAGAAGUUCUAAAAAAAGGAUAAAAUAAAUCGGGAAAUGUGUUACUAACGUAAGCAAUUCGACGGAAUAUCAAUGGAUAUUUACUAGCAAAACGACAUAGGAACAGAAUCAUUGUAACGGUCAAUGUUCGACGGUGGUGAGAUUAAUCGAGUGAGCAAUUGGCGUGAUUAGAAGUGGAAACAGAUCGAAACACUAAGGUGUUCAGCGAUAAUUGGCAGCCAUAUUUGAGUUGUUGCAUCUUUGGGGCGAAAUCUUGAGAGGAAAAAACUCAGCUGAAACAUUCGCCAGUGUAAUUUGUUAGAGUUCAAUUCGGGGUGAAAAUCGCAAUCGAUUCGCAGAGUCCGCAAGUGACCGGUGUCCGGGGAUGGAAAUGGUGGUGUAGUAUCGUAAAAAAAUGUUCUCCGGAAUGAUCAAUUAAAUAUAAUGAGUGAAUGGUUUUGGACUUCUAAGGAAAGCUGAAUUGCAUCGAAACUGUUUGUUCAUGAUUUGCUCGGAAACGUUGUUGCUGGCGGCCGAAAUGGAACUUUGAGAGGCCGCCAACGCGUCCGCAUUCAUCCGUGCCGCUGUUGCUGCCACGAACCAGGGGGACCAGAGAUAGGGAAAACCAUUGCCCCUCCCACAUACUACUAACCACUGCAACCACCCUCGACCACCCCCCGAGGGGGGAAACGCACCCCCUCAUUCAGCUUCCUUGGAAUGAGCGACAGGCGUCGGUCCCGAGCCGGAGGAGGUGCAUCGAUCAAGAUGGAACACUUCCAAGCCGCGUUGGAUCCCCGCAAGCAGGAGCUGCUCGAGGCCCGCUUUCUGGGAGCAAGGAUGUCUGCCGGUACUCAAUUGCAGAUGGCACCACAGACAACCAUAGUACAACAAGUCGGCCAAAAUCAUCUCCAUACUCAUCAUCUACAGCAGCCACAGCCACAUACGGUGCAGCAGCAGCAGCAGCCUCCGCCGCCGCCGCCACCCCAUUACAGCAACCCCCAGCAGCAGGUCUCGUCAGCUGUUGGAUUGGGUGUGCCGCCACAGCUCGGUGCACUCACUAGCUUGCAGCAUUCGCAGCAGCAGCAGUCCCACUACACCAACAACAACAAAGAUCAGGACUCAAAUAUGAGCACUGGCUCGUCGCAUAGUGAUAAGGAGUUAGAGACUAUAAUCAAUACCCCGACGCCGGAGAAGAUUCCCCGGACUCCCUCGGAUCGGAAGCGAAAACGGAAAGCACCGGACGACAAUGGGGGUCCGGGAGGAGGAGGAGGGGGAGCAGGAGUGGGAGGAGGCGUUGGUCAUAUACGUGAUAGAGAUAGUGUUAAGGGUCCGCGUUUGUCGAUACCACCAUUAGGCGAUAGUAAGAAAAUCAAUGACUAUUUUUCUAAGCACCCGGUUAGCAGUCCGCUGAGGCCUCACCCGGCCGGACUCGGUGCCGGGGGCCCCCUAGGAGCAAUAAGCAAUUCUGGCCAGCCUGGUGGCGGUGGAAACCAGGGGCAAGGCCAGCAGGUUUCCACCAAGAGUCCCAGUCCCCAGACGCCACAUGGUCAGUAUCCAAUGUAUCCACCUAGUCCUCAGCCACAGCUUGGCUCUGUGGUAACCUCCAGUGGUAACCACAACAGCGUGACAGCGCAGGAAAUGUACGUGCGUUCCCAGCGCGGCAGCACCGUUUCUUCCACACUAGUUCCUCCAUCAUCAGUAUCCGCUACGACCGCGUCGCUGCUAAACUCAUCCCCAUCCGUUAUCUCCGCUGGUGGUGUCGUAUCGCUCCCUGUAAAUUCCCAACAGCAACAAUCACUCCGAGAUCGAGAUUCUCAACCGCCUCCACCUCCGUUGCCACCAUCAGCUGUUGUGCAGCAGCAGCAGCAACAGCAAGUGCAAGUGCAACAAGUGCAGCAGCAGCAGGUGCAGUCACAGUCGCAACAACAGCAAGUGAUUGCUCAAACGCAAGCUGCCAUGGGCCCCCAAAACUCUACACUAGCCAUCAAUAGUCUAGCGUCGCUAGCGCAUGCAAACAAUGGCACGAACACUAGCAGCAGCAGUAGCAGUCACAGCAUACCCAAUGCCCAAACGUUAGCUCAAUCAAACCCCCAACAGCAGCAGCAGCAGCAGGUGCAGCAAGUGCAGGUGCAACUGUCCCAACCUCCGACGCCACCGGCCCCGCUGAUGGUGUCCAAGCAGGUGCAGACCGACCUCACGCUCGCGGAUAUCACCGAUCGGGACAACGACUUCGAGAACUCGCGGACCCGGGUGGACGAACUGUCGCGGCUAUCGGACGAACAGAAGUGUCAGAUCAGCGCCCACCAAAAGGUGAUCGAGCAGCACAAGAGCCACAUCAACAAGUGCAUCGAUGUGGUCAAGAAGCUGCUCAAGCAGAAGAGCAACAUCGAGAAGAAGGAGGCCCGCCAGAAGUGCAUGCAGAACCGGCUGCGGUUGGGUCAGUUCGUGACCCAGCGGGUGGGCGCCACCUUCCAGGAAAACUGGACCGAUGGGUACGCCUUCCAGGAGCUUGCCAAACGACAGGAGGAGAUCACUGCCGAGCGGGAGGAAAUCGACCGCCAGAAGAAGCUGCUGAUGAAGAAGCGGCCGACGAACAGCGAGAGCGGCCGGAAGCGCAACAACUCGAGCACAUCGGCGGCGGCAGCAGCAGCGGCGGCUGCUGCGGCGGCCGGUUCCGCCGUCAGCGUCGGGUCGGCCACCGGCCAGAUGUCGUCCUCGCUGCACAACGGCAACGACAACACCUUCCUGAAGCCGGACCCGGUGGUCAGCAGCAAUACCACCUUCACCAUCCAGGAGUACUACGAGUGCGACGAGAUACUGAAGCUGCGCCAGAACGCCCUCAAGAAGGAGGACGCCGAUCUGCAGCUGGAGAUGGAGAAGCUCGAGCGGGAGCGAAAUCUGCACAUCCGCGAGCUGAAGCGGAUACACAACGAGGAUCAGUCACGCUUCAACAAUCAUCCCGUGCUAAACGAUCGGUAUCUACUGCUAAUGCUUUUGGGCAAGGGCGGUUUCUCCGAGGUUCACAAGGCGUUCGAUUUGAAGGAGCAGCGGUACGUGGCCUGCAAGGUGCAUCAACUGAAUAAAGACUGGAAGGAAGAUAAAAAAGCUAACUAUAUUAAGCACGCCCUGCGGGAAUACAACAUUCACAAAGCUCUCGAUCAUCCGCGGGUGGUCAAGCUGUACGAUGUGUUCGAAAUCGACGCCAACUCGUUCUGUACCGUGCUGGAGUACUGUGAUGGGCAUGACCUGGAUUUCUAUCUGAAGCAGCACAAGACGAUACCGGAGAAGGAGGCUCGAUCGAUCAUCAUGCAGGUGGUUUCCGCACUGAAAUACCUGAAUGAGAUCAAACCCCCGAUCAUCCACUACGACCUGAAGCCGGGCAACAUUCUGCUGACCGAAGGUAACGUCUGCGGUGAGAUCAAGAUCACCGACUUUGGCCUAUCGAAGGUGAUGGACGAAGAGAACUAUAAUCCGGACCACGGUAUGGAUCUAACAUCACAAGGUGCUGGAACUUAUUGGUAUUUACCACCGGAGUGUUUCGUUGUGGGCAAGAAUCCGCCGAAGAUCUCCUCCAAGGUGGACGUGUGGAGCGUCGGGGUGAUAUUCUACCAGUGUCUGUACGGCAAGAAACCGUUCGGCCACAACCAGUCCCAGGCGACGAUACUCGAGGAGAACACCAUCCUGAAGGCGACCGAGGUGCAGUUUGCCAACAAGCCGACCGUCUCCAGCGAGGCGAAGAGCUUUAUCCGGGGCUGCCUGGCAUACCGCAAGGAGGACCGCAUGGAUGUGUUCGCGCUGGCCAAGCACGAAUACCUGCAGCCACCCCUUUCGAAGCACAACCGGUCGGCGGCGGCAGCGGCCUCCAGCCAGAACCAGCAUGGCAGCGGUAACAGUGGCAUCGGGGGUAGCGGGCAGGCCGGUGCUGGCAGUGGCGCGGGCGGAGGUGGCGGUGGAUCCGGGGGCUCGGGCGGUGCCGGUGGUAACCAAACCGGACAACAGACGUCCUUCUCCACGGGGAUGUUUGGCAAUAUGAAUCAGUCCAGUUCGUCUUAGCUAUUUUUCAACAGUUGCUUGAUGAAGGGAGGCGGCACACCCGGUGCUGGUGCCGGGGGAACUGCUCCUGUUCCUGUCGCCACCGUGAGCAUUGUGAGCACAGCUACUGCCGCUGCUGGACAUAGUAACAACAACAACAACAACCACAAUAACAAUAAACACAUUGUUGGCAACACUUCUGCCAACGCUUUGACGACGAUGUCGAUGACGAAUGCGACCAUCAAGAGCGCUCCGAUUCCUACUGCUAUUGCGGUCGGUAAUCAUCAGACCAACAACAACAAUAACAACAAUAGCAUCCACAAUCAUCUUCGCCACAUCAGCAGCACAUCAGUUCCGCCGCCAACAUCAUCCAAAUCAUCCAAAUAAUAGUAUUGGAGCACUGUGGUGGUGUGAUGUGCGAGAUGACAAAAGGUCAACCUGAUGUUCCGCGUGUAUAGUGUGUGCAAGUAUAGGAAUCUGAAAAACAAAUUCGAGAUAUUUGCCCCCCGCAAAUAUAAGGGAAACAAUAGAUCAAAACCAUUUUGCUGCACGCACACAUCGCUAAAAAGAAAAAAAAACAAACCAAACUACUAAAGCGAGAAGUAUAUGUGUUGCACGAACCCAAGGAUCGAUGGAUUCCUUCAACAAAAAAAGAAAUCAAUGUUUGCUGUAAAAACAAAUUGUGCAUGAAAGUGUUCCACAUACACACACAAACACCGAAACAGGUAUGGAAUGGUAACGAGACGAGUAACAAUCCACAGAUCAACGUUAGAUAAUAUAUUGUUAAUUUUUUGUAUACAUUAUUUUCGGUUCCUUAUACCACAAUUGUGAAUACCAUCAUUAUACAAAGUACUUCCGCAUUCACACAGCGGACGUUUGAGAUGACAGGAAACAUGAAGAAACACACCCUAGCUUAGUCAAAAUUUAUGUAAACUCGCUAGAAAAUUUACCAGAAAUCAUUGUGACGAAAGAUUAACAUACAAACAAACAAACUGUGCGAAGUGAAUUUUUGGAUAAUGAUGCGCGCAUGCUGAAAUCCACACGAAUACACACACAUACACACACACAACAAACAUGCGAACCCCGACGGAACAAUAGAUCAGCUAUGAGAAGAUUGUGUGAGUGCACAGUAGCCGGCGGCGAUAGUUAAUAUCUGUUGUAUUUCAUUGUGUUUCUUACUAUUCUUACCUUCUAUUAUGUUUUUCAAAUCGAUUCGUUUUUCCUGAUUUUUUAGUGUGAACACAUUCAAGCGUUCAAGGGGGUAACCGAAAUUCGGAAAGCACGGGAAGGAAGGAGCGAUUCGAGUGCUCUCCUUUCUUAUUUGCUCCCGGAGGCUUGAAAGCUUUCGAGCUGUUCCAACGCAAACGACGAUUCUUUUUUCCUAAAUUUAAUUUUUGUAUUUUUUUAUUCGGCUCAAAUUUUGCAGACGCAUUUUUAUAACCAAAAAAUACAAUUUGCAUAAUCGGUUUUCUAUUUUGUCUUACUUUUAAGAAGGGCGUAAACAAAAAUUGCUGGAAUUUUUUUUUAGAAGUGCAAUGUUUUAGGUUAUUAUUGGGGCUAUAUGGAGAAAAUAUGCUCUAUAAAAAAAAUGUUUCAUUCUUAUCUUUUUUGGAAAAUAACACUUGAAACUAAAUUUUCCCAAAAAAGAUGCUUUUGAUUUUUGGAUAUAUAUCAAAUGUUGCAGCGGACACAGCUAAUAAAGUUCAUUGCACAGUGCGCCAAAAUGGAGAAAUAAUGGACAAAAUGGGAUAUAAUUUUUUUUAAAGUUAGAUUUUUGAAUAUCGUUGAAAUGUUUUUUAUAAUUUUUUUGGACUCGAUUUUAUGAAAGUACGCAUAAUUUGCAGCCAAAAAUUUGCACGGGAAAAUUUUGCUAGAUGCCACAGUUUCUGAGAUAAAGUGACACACAAAUACAGUUUGUAAAAUAAUAAAAUCACGAUUAAAAAAUAAUCGAUUUGUGAAAUAUAUUUAAAUUGGUUGAGGAUAAUGAAAUAUGUUCAGACUGACUCUAAUCAUCAAGUUAUUCGCCCCUUUUCUGUAUUUUGAUCGAUUCGAACAAUUAUAAAACAAAAAAAAAAAGAAAAUUUCAACAAUUUUCUAAAAUCGAAGUUUUUUAAAAAAAACUAGCUGACCCGGCGAACUUCGAUCCGCCCUAAAUUGAUUUUUCGAUAUGAAGUUAACAACGAUGGAAGUGUAUAACACAUGGGAAUGAUUUUUUUUUUAACUUUCAAAGUUUGUUAAAACCUUCAAAAAUGUUUUCCUCACCAUAACAAUGAUCUAAGGGCAAAGACGAACACAACAAAAUAAAGACGGUUCAAAUCUGACCAUUCCUCCCUCGGAUUUUGCGUUUACCAACACAUUUGGCGAUCCAUUUUUAUUUAUAUAGACAUAAAAUCAUUUUCGAAGACGACUUUCGUUCAAUAUUUUUCACCACUAGCAGAGAAUGUCUUACUAUGUUACACAGAACUUUUCUGUUAUUUCGAUUCACAGAAAUGGAACACGAAGUUCAAUGUCGUCUAUGUCGAAUUGCGUGGCAAGAUUGUCACAUUUGCUCAACACGAUUGGGCUUGAGUCUAAUGGAUUACAGAAUGUAAUAGUGCGAUCCGUCCAGAUAAUUUAGACGAUUGGAUUUCGGAAUAUAGAAGAAUAGUUUCCAUUAUUUCCGAGGAAAUUACACUAUUGUCACUAUUGUAUAUUGAAGACUUUACUUGUCGUUUGAACACACGCGCUGGUAUGUCAUAACAAUGCAUGCGUUUUGGUCUGCUGAUAGCAAAGGCUGUGUCGGCGUUGCUCAUGAUAGUGUCUCGCAAGUGUAUGCAUUCUUUCUCACGUCGCUUCUGUUGAUUGUGUCGCAGGAGUGGCAGUCGUUCGCUCUCUACCCUUGUCCAUAUGUCGUUCAUGAAUUGUUGGCACAGCUCACGAUCUCGAAGAAAACCAUUGUCCUGACUGCGUUGAAUAAUCAGUAAACGACACACAUAAAAAUUCAUCGAACGCACUCUCUUGUUUGUUUCGUCUUCUCCAACUUCAUGUUCGUAAAUAUUAAUUCAAAAUGAGUAAUGAAUGACCACCUGUGGCGGGAUUCCGUUGUUCAAUGUUUAUGCAAUAUCCGUGUUGUCCCUUCAGAGUGGCCGAAAGAUUUUAAGCAGAGUUUUUAAAGACGAUACAUGAAAAUCGACUCUCCUCUCAAUCGCUUCGCUUCAAAUAGGACUGCUCUCAAUGCUCGUCAAUGUAAUUCCCAGCAAAAUGGUUAUUCUACUUGACGUGACGAACUAAUACAAAACCUCCUCUUCAUACGACAUGAGUUCACUUCACUACUUCACCCUGAAAUGUACCUCGUUGCCCGCGUACACAAUCUUAUUUUAAUUUCCAUAUAAAGUGAAACGAAAACUUGAUUUAUGAUGCAACAAACUAGAAGUGGGUUAUAUCUACUGUAUAAUCGCAAAGUAGACGUAGGACCACCACUGCCUUGAAACUCAUUUGUUUGAAGUUACUUCAGAAUCAAUUCUUCAACGAAUAAAUGAAAAAACUCUUGUUUAGGGGCCUGAGACAGAGAGAGAGAGAGAGAGAGAGAGAGAGAGAGAACUGGACUUCUUUUUGGCUUUAGGCGGAAUCUUAAACGAACACUACGUACCAGUACCCUUUAUUUGCACAAACCGGUCUGUUCCUUCGGUGUCUUGAUUGCGGUCACUAUGAUCUCGUUCACCUGUGGAUCGUUGGCAAGCUUUAGCUUCUUGUAUACUGGCUUACUCCGAUCACUACAAAUGCAAGCGAGUGAAAGAAACCGCAGUUUGCAUGUAUCUGCUGCUGCACCGGCUUCUCCAGGUGCCUUGAUUUUGCGUCCGUGUUGGGGAACACAUUUUUUCAGUACAAAUGCAAAUGAGCAAAAGAAAUAACAGCUUGCAUGUAUCUGAUACGACGGUCUCCCCAUGCACUUUAUUUAGUAUGCGUAUUUGUUAACAUAUUCGGAUCAACACUAAUGCGAACGAAUGAAAGAAAUUGCUUGCAUGUGUCCUCUAUGACGGUUUCUCCUGGUAUUUGUUGAAACAUUCGGUUCAGCACUAAUGCGAACGAAUAAAAUGAAUCGAAGCUUGCAGUGGCCGAAGUAGAGACGUCGGUUAAGCGUUCGAUUAAUUCAAAUAAUCGAAUAUCUGAAGUUAUAAUCGAUUUAUUUUGUAUCGAAUAAUUUGAAAUCAAAAUAUGAACACAUCGAAUAAUUGUCACUGUAAUCGCGAUGAAUGAAAGAAGGAAUCUUUCUCAAGGUUAAUGCAUUUUUAGGCUAUAUAUUUUUUUUAUCCAACAUUUUUUAUCCAACCAUCUAACAUCGACAACCUGGUAGACCACGCGACCAGAAUGACAACGUGAUACGUGGUUAUUUCAAGAAAUAAAUAUUCGUUCGAUUAAAUAUAUAUUGAAAAACGAUAAUCGAAUGAAUGAAAAAUUCAGACAUCACAAGUGGCCGCUAUGACGUUUUCUCCAGGUGCCUUGAUUUAGCGCCCGUGUUCGGGAACACACUCCGAUCACCACAAAAGCAAUAACCAUCAAUGAGUUAGAUUGUUAUGAUUUCAAUAGCUUGCUUUCUAAGCAAUUUUUGAGCUAUUGAUACAAAUUUUUGGAUCAAUAAAUAACAAGCAUAUAACGCGUAAAUAUUUCAUCUUUCGAAUGAAGUGUUUCUCAUACCAUUUCGUUCAAUUGUUUAGGAGCUAUUAACGCUCAAAAUCGAAACUUCGCUCAAAAUUUCGAAACUUUGAACUUACACCCCGAUAUACAAAUGAAUGGCGUAGUCCUACGUCAAAAAUGUAGUUACACCGAUAACCCUUUCCGGUACAUCGAGCCUCACUCGUGGUGUACUUGCAUAACAUAGGGCGCUAGAACGCUCAGUUGAGUAGUGAAAUCACUUGAUCUGUUACCUAUUAAAUAAUACGGGAAGGGGAUAAUGGACGUUGUUUAACCACCGUGUACUCAAACAUUGAUACAUGCAUACAUGAUAUAUGAGAGAGGGGAACGAAAUCAGUCUUGGGGGAGUCCCUUCAAUAUGCCGUUUAAGUCCAUUUGAUGGUGUAGAAUGAAAUGAGCGCGGAGUGUCGUAGAGGAAAUAGCAUCGAAAACGCCCGAAUGACUGUUGAUUCAUAUUGAAAGAGAAACUGCUGGGAGAAGUCAAAUCUCAUUUCCAAUUUAAUGCAAAGGCCAAUGGCUUCGUAGUCCCUUGACUAUCCUCAGUUGAAUAUGACUUUGCCGAGUCCUGGUUUUAAGUGAUAUUUUCGAAAAAAUUAAUAAAAAUAAAACUGUGCAGAUUUUCUCCUUAUAGCCCCACUGAUAACCCAAAACAUUGGACACCAAAUCAAUCGUACCAACCAUUUCUAAGUCACAUUUUUUGAAAAAAAUAUAAGCAAUUAUUGUUUAGACCCUUCUCAAAAGUAAGACUAGAGUCAACAUGGGAAACCGAUGAUGCAAAUUGUCGUUCCUGGUGAUGAAGAAUGCGUCUACAAAAUUUUAGCCAAAUCAAAAAAAAAAAACAAAACGACCUUAGAAUUCAGAUGAAAUCGCUCUUUCGAUGCAUUCGUCUCGGCGUCGUAAAAGCGCAAAGCUCAAGGGCCGCAAGUGGGCGAAACAAAUAAAAAUGUACAUUUUUUUUCCUAGCAAGGACAAAAAGCCGAAUUGUUGUUUGUUAACGAAAUGACGCGGAUGAUAACGACACACGAAACACAUGAUCAGCUGAUGAAUCAUGAUUCCAAGUAGAGAAAAGAAUAGACAAGGAAGAGAAGGAGGAGGGAGACUACAAGAAGUGCGCCCCUAAGCCCCAAAGGGCGAAGCGUAAACUCAUAUACCAAUAUAGGUGGGGAGAAAGAAGAUGAUGCCGGAAGGUAACACAGGAAGUAAUAUGAAGAAGGCUAAAGAAACAAAAAAAAAUCGACACGCCCACUGUUAUAAUGUGGGCGUAACCAAUCCUUUUUCUUUCGUUAUUUUGUAAAUAUAUCGAUUAGUGUUUGUUUUAUUAUUAUUACGAUUACUAAAUAGCAGGAAUAAACAAAAAAAAAAGCAAGAGGGGGAUGAAGUGAACAUAUAAACACAGACAAACACAUCCACACCCACAACGCACUCAUACAGAAGCAAACAGAAAAAAAAAUAGAUACGAACAGAUUUUCUCCAAUUCGCGAAAAAGUGAUCUUUCUGUGAUUCUAUCGUUUAGGGAUGGAGUCCGGAAUUAAACAAAACAACAAAAAAAAUAUUUAAAGAGUUAAUCUUUUACACAAGCAAACAGAGAAACAAAAGCAAAACGGCGUAAUAAAUCGGAAAACUUUUUCGUUCUGUGUGUAAAAAGUAAGAACAAACGAAGGUUUAAAAAAACGCUCCAAUGGCUCUAGACACAUUUUAUUGGAAUUCUUUUUUAAUUACUUGAUAGGGAAACCAAAUACAAUUGUUUGAACGUGAGUGUGAGAGAGCGCGCGGCGGUGGUGUGUGUCUAUUGGGUGAUGCGCGAGCGCGGGAAAAAUGUCUAACACACACACAAACGCAUCCUUAAAAUUAGAUACAAAUAAUAACUCGCUGAGAGCGCAGAAGUGAAGAAAGUGUGUGUGAGAGAAAGAGAGUGAGAGCGAUCGAGGAAGAAGUGUGUGCGUGUGCGUGUGAGCUGUUCUUUUUUCGUCUCUAAAGAUAGUAAACUCUAAACAAUAGAAAAUGCGGACGCGCGCGCAUAGGUUGAAUAAAAAAAAAAACGGUGCGAUGUAAUCUCUUCUUAACUUCUUAAGAAAAACCAAAAUGAUCAACAACAACAACACAUACAAACACAUAGAAGAAUAAAACAAAAAAACAAAACAAAUCAUGUGAUGAGAAUAAAGUCAACGUUUUUUCCAGAACUCAAACCCACACACAUACAAAACAUAACAUUCACAAACAUCCACAUCCACACACAGAGAGUCACACUUGUAAAAAGAUUAAGCGAGAAAUCUAGAGCGUGCGCCGGCGGCCGGUAGCUUCAAGUUAAAAUUAAAACAAAGAAAAAAAACAGUAAUAAUCAAACAAACAAAAAAUGCUUCGGUUCCCUAAACUAGUGAUUCCUCUGGGGGUUAGCACGAGGAGAGGAAGGUGGAAUCAAUCGAAUUUUGCGCUCAAUGUAAACACGGUGAUGAUAAUGAUGACGGACGGACGGUAAGAAGAGAAAAAAAUAAGCAAAACUAGUGAUAACUGCAAAAAAGGUUUACUAGAAGCGAAGCGAAAGCGGGACGAAAGCAAACCGUAAUUAAAGAAGAAAGAAAAAAUCGUCUAGAACAUGUGGAAGAAAUAUUCCAAGUAAAGAAGAAACACACAGACACCCACACACACACACAUUGAACA